GUACUUGCACCCUCACACACACUCUCCCGAGAACCAGAAGUCGGUUGGGUGUUUAUAUAAUGAAGAAUUAUGGGGCUGUUUGAUCGAGGUGUUCAAAUGCUUUUAACCACCGUUGGUGCUUUCGCUGCCUUCAGUCUGAUGACCAUAGCUGUGGGAACCGACUAUUGGCUCUACUCCAGAGGGGUUUGCAAGAGCAAAAGUGUCAGUGAGAAUGAAACCAGCAAAAAGAACGAGGAAGUUAUGACCCACUCUGGAUUAUGGAGAACCUGCUGCCUAGAAGGGAACUUCAAAGGUCUCUGCAAGCAAAUUGAUCACUUCCCAGAGGAUACAGAUUAUGAAGCUGACACAGCAGAAUAUUUCCUCCGGGCCGUGAGGGCCUCAAGCAUCUUCCCGAUCCUGAGUGUGAUUCUACUUUUCAUGGGUGGACUCUGCAUCGCAGCCAGCGAGUUCUACAAGACUCGACACAACAUCAUCCUGAGUGCUGGCAUCUUCUUCGUGUCUGCAGGUCUGAGUAACAUCAUUGGCAUCAUAGUGUACAUAUCUGCCAAUGCCGGAGACCCCUCCAAGAGCGACUCCAAAAAGAAUAGUUACUCGUAUGGCUGGUCCUUCUACUUCGGGGCCCUGUCCUUCAUCAUUGCCGAGAUGGUCGGUGUGCUGGCCGUGCACAUGUUUAUCGACCGGCACAAACAGCUGCGGGCCACGGCCCGCGCCACGGACUACCUCCAGGCCUCCGCCAUCACCCGCAUCCCCAGCUACCGCUACCGCUAUCAGCGCCGCAGCCGCUCCAGCUCCCGCUCCACCGAGCCCUCACACUCCAGGGACGCCUCCCCCGUGGGCCUCAAGGGCUUCAACACCUUGCCGUCCACGGAGAUCUCUAUGUACACCCUCAGCAGGGACCCCCUGAAGGCCACCACCACGCCCACCGCCACCUACAACUCCGACAGGGAUAACAGCUUCCUCCAAGUUCACAACUGUAUCCAGAAGGAAAACAAAGACUCUCUCCACUCGAACACAGCCAACCGCCGGACCACCCCCGUAUGAAGCCACGGGGCCCUCGCUAGCGCCUGCCCUGCCGGGUCCCAGGCAGAGCCCAAGAGUGGGGGCACGGCCCGGCCUGUGGGGUGGGCCUGGGGGUAGGGGGAGGGU